UGAAACUUCCUGUAAAACUAAAAAUAUGAGCACGCGCACUUCCGCACGAGCACACCGGCUACUGCUCUUUUAAAUCCACCUGUUCACGCGCCUUCCCGCGCUCCGCUCGCUGCAGCUGAUAGGUCUGUCAAGGAGAGGAAACAACAUUUAUUGGCGCCUCGUGCAUUAAUUGGAGAGGGGCUCCAGCACAGCGCAGACACAGCUCAGCUCCUGCCGCCGCUGCUGCUGAAUGGACUACCCACAUUUCCACCUUUCUUGGAUGGUUUUGCGCCAAACCUUCUCCUCUUAAUUUCUGCUCAUCCCUGAAGAGACAGCUUGGUUUCUGAGGCUCCAGCCACGGUGGACCAAGAGCACAGAUCUGAGAGCAGCCUGGACUUCAGAGCCACAUCGCCGCUGCUGGGUGCGCGCGGCUGAUAUCUGGGAAGGUUUCCUGCAACAAUUUGUUGCGAUAAUAGUGAGGGGCGAGGGCAUGGUGCCGGUACCGCAUCGGCUCGUCAUGGCAUCGUGAGAACUUUGUUCCUGACUCCCCCCUUCCCCCUCUUUUCUUUUAGAUGUUUUUCUGUGGGAUCGUGUUUUUUGGGAAAUCAUCAGCCGUUUCCCCUUUCAGCUAUGUUCACGUUUGCUGCCUUCUGCUACAUGCUGUCUCUGGUCCUCUGUGUGUCCCUCAUCUUCUUUGCAAUAUGGCACAUAACAGCGUUUGAUGAGCUCCAGGCCGACUUUAAGGUGCCGAUCGAUCAGGGCAAUCCUCUCCAUGCGAGGGAGAGACUGCGGAACAUCGAGAGGAUCUGCAACCUGCUGAGGAAGUUGGUGCUACCAGAGUACUCCAUCCAUGGACUCUUUUGCAUAAUGUUCCUGUGUGCCCAGGAGUGGCUGACUGUGGGUCUCAACAUCCCUCUGCUCUUCUACAACACGUGGAGGUACUUUCACUCCCCAACGGACACUAAGGAGCUGCUCUACGACCCGGCAUCGGUGAUGAACGGCGACACGCUCAAGUUCUGCCUGAAGGAGGCCUGGUGCAAGCUGUCCUUCUUCGUCCUCUCCUUCUUCUACUAUCUCUACUGUGUUUGGAACCUGGAUAUAUCCCUCUAAUAGGUCUAAUCAAUGGAAACACUUAAAGAUUCAUCUUGAACUUAUCCCAUCUUGCUUCUUCAUCUCAC